AUGUUGCUCCAGCAGGGACAAGGUGCGCUCGGCCAGAAGAACACGUCACAUCUCCUACAGUCCGUACAGAAUAGGCUGAUACCGGGAUGGAGCGUGCACCUGGCCAACGAUAAUAGACUCUUCUAUUGCAAUCACGUCACACAAACAGCAUCUUGGUUACCGCCAGUAGAAGCGUGGCCCAAAGAUCCUGGUGCCAAAUCUUUGCCGUACGGCUGGGAGCAGGCGCUAGACGGCGAUGGAAGACCUUAUUUUAUCAACCAUAUCACAAAAACCACCAGUUACGAAGAUCCCAGAAAUGAUUUGGUGGAAGAGAGCCCAAAACCUAGACUGGUUACUUUAAAAAGACAUUCCGAACUAGGGUUUGGAUUCGUAGCUGGCAGUGAAAAGCCCGUUAUAGUCAGGUUCGUUACUGAGGGAGGACCUAGUGAUAGUAAACUUUUACCCGGUGAUCAAAUUCUUCAGAUAAACGACGAAGAUGUUCAAAAUGGUCUUAGGGAUUAUGUAAUACAACUGGUGAGGUCUUGUAACGAGACAAUCACUUUACUAGUGUGUCAGCCUCCGCUCGACAACUCGGCUAGGAAGUCGGCAUUACUGAGUUCAGCGAAAAAAGCUAAGCUCAAGUCUAAUCCAUCUAGAGUGCGUUUUGCGGAAGGAGUUCUCGUAAACGGUUCUCCAUUAUGUCCGGUGUCGGCGUUCAGCGGAGGCGACCCGAACAUAGCCUUGUUACCAAAUGUGCUCAAAGUGUUCCUGGAAAACGGACAAACCAAAUCAUUUAAAUACGAUUCCACGACCAAAGUCAAAGAUGUCGUGGCUUCGUUGCAAAACAAACUGUGUAUUAAAGCCGGAGAGCACUUUGCGUUAGUUCUCGAACAAGUCAAAAGUCUCCGUAGACAUAAACUCACGUUACUGGACCCCGAACACACUUUGGCUAGGGUGGCGUCGAGACCAGGCUCCCAUAAUCUCAGAUGUUUAUUCCGAGUGGCAUUCGUGCCUAGAGACGCUUGCGAUUUGGCUCAAAAAGAUUUGAACGCAUUUGAGUACUUGUACUUACAAUGUUGUAAUGAUGUAGUUCAAGAACGAUAUGCACCAGAACUCAAGUAUGACAUAGCUCUGCGAUUAGCUGCGUUACAUAUCCAUCAACAUGCUAUGGCCAAUAAUAUUCCCUAUUGUAAGGUCACGGUCAAAGCUAUCGAACGGGAGUUCGGAUUAGAAAAGUUUGUACCCAUAUCGCUCAUGGAGUCGAUGAAACGGAAGGAACUACGGAAGCUACUAACGCAUUUGUUGAAACUCAACCAAACAAUGACGGGUACCAAUUACAAAACACUUACGGCGUUACAAGCAAAACUUUACUACUUGACCAUUAUUUCCGAAUUGCCCAGUUACGGUGCAAAAUGUUUCUCCACCAAUGUCCGCGACUGCAACUUGGAAACGGUGAUUCUAGUCAGUCCUAAAAUGGGAAUUAGCCAAAUUGUGGGACUGCGCAACAGUAUGCCAGUGCCUUUGGCAGAUAUUGAACAAGUAACGAUGGUAAAAGUACAAAAAGAUGAUCAAAUUUCAAGUACGGUUACGUUGUAUUUACAAAACACAGUACAAAAGGAAGUCAGUUUUUGUAUGGAGGAUCGCGAUACUGACGAAUUUAUACUUGUUUUAAAAGGCUAUUUUAAACUUUUGAUGACUAUGAAUUUGCCUAUUGACCGGGAAGGUGAUUUAUUACACACCGACAGUGCACCACAAUAUUAUUCUCAUCAUAUUGUGAAACCGUCACUUUGGAGUUACGGCCCAUCAACCAUGUACGCCAAGGAACAAGAAAAAUUGACUAAUUUUGCUUUUUGUCCAAUGUACACUCCGUUCAAACACGAAAUGCUCAAACCUAACGACUAUGGAUCAUUAAAUAGAACAAUAUGGACUGGUAUGCAAAAUGGAAAUGUGGACAACAAUAUGAACACAAUGUCUUUGAAAAAACACGAAAACGGUCAUUUAGGGUACAAACCGAACGGUGAUAUAAAAGAUAAAUCAGGAAUCGACGUUCAAAGCGUAGUUUCCAUGGAAAUAUUGGAAAGCGAAAAUAGCUUUGUGGAGACUCACAACGAAGAGGUGCUGAGAAGAGUGGCCGAGAUGCAAGAGUUGGUGGAAAACUCUGAACAAUAUCUGAACAGACAUCAACGUGAAUCCAGCGACUCGGACGGUUCUCACAUAUCGUCUGACGGUUCGGUAUCGUUGCCGCCGCCUCCGACCAAUCUGGGUCAACUAAAACACAGCGAUUCGCUACUGUUGUUAGCUCAAAAGGGCACCGAGGAUAGCAUAACUGCCGCGGUCCAAGCGUUGAACUUGGGAGAUCUCGAGAGCGACACCGAGUCCAUAAAUACACCAUCGACCAGCCCUUCACACCGCGAACGGAAUUCCAACAGGGAUUCGGACAUAAGUUUCGGACUGCAUAGUCCUGAAGGGCUGGCCGCGAGUUCAGGACACGAAGCCCUGCAGGAACUGUGGAAGAACCUGCAAGAGGACAACCGGUCAUUGCCCAGGAGCAGUCUGUACUUAGAGCCGGACUUGAUAGAUUUGACGCUAAUACCGCCGCCUAUUGAAGAGGCGAAAAUCAAUCAGACGAACGGUUCCAACGCCGGCAGCCAGUGCAGUCUGCCGCCGACGCUGUUCGCCGACUAUGACCACCAACAGAACGCGGACAGAUUUUUAGACUCCGUACUGGAUAACGGGUUCAAAAACCACACGAAUCUCAUGAGCUUGGACUUAGAGUCGUUCCUGGCCACGAUGACCAUACCACCCCCGCCUGCGCAACAGACUUCCGGUGACGGGCGGCCGGAAGAGAAGCGAUCCAACGCGGUGUUGACGUCCGAAGAGAUAUCGUCGUUCAUAAUACCGCCACCCCCUCCCAAAUCGGUGGCACCGUCGUCGGUUAUUACGUCGACGGCCUCGGACGUCGUCGCCGAACACCUACAGCACCAACACCAACAUCAACACCGACAACCGGACUCCGGCGACGAGACGGAUGACCGCCGCCGCCGGAGUGUCGGCCAGACGAGGACCGCCGCGGCCGGGAUGUCUGCCAGCGCGGCAACCACGCCGGACGGACCGUGCGCGGCCACCAGCGAGAAGACGCUGCCCGGUUUCUCGUGCUGUUCGAGGCCCAGACAACGGAGUCCGGACACACAACCGCCAUGCCUGCCCACCCGAGCGCAGAACAUGACGCUGCCCCGAGUCAAACCCAAAGUCCCGCCCAGAGUGGACUCGACGCUGUCGACGAAACCUCCGUUGCCGCCGAUGCCGUCUCAGGAGACGCUGAUGCGAAACGGUUGCUAUUCGACCAACAGGGACGCGGUGGCUGUCAUCAACGAACUGACGGGCAGACUAAAUGAGUUCAGCGAACAGUGUAAUGUAGCUCAAGCUCAAGGCGGUGGUACGCAUCUGGACGAGACCAAGUUUCAGGAAGCCAAGGACAUACUGUGCCAAGAAGCCAGGCAGCUGGUGACGUCCUCGAAGAUCCUGAUCCGGUGCUACAUGAACCCGAAAAGCGCCGAGUUCCAGGCGAACUUGUCGCAGUGCGUGACGCAACUGCGCCGGAUGACCGUGCUCAGCGGCAACAUGACUAGGCACACGUCGUCGCCGCUGCAGACCCGCAACCUCAUACUCAAGGUGGCCGACGUGCUGCGCACGUUCCACGGUCUGUUGGUGGACACGGACGUGUGCACGGAAACGCUUACCAGGCACGCCGAGGGGCUGGCCAACGUGUUGGCGAAACUGUUGCGCAGCCUCCGGGUGUUCUCGCCCUGACGACGAUUAUCGGUCGGGACCGCCGCGGGUCCUGACUAGGUGUCGACGAGUGUCGGCCGCAACGCGUGUUCCGCCGGCGGAGAACCGACCGGAAAACGGAAGAGGAAAAAAACCUAAUGGUUUAUUUUUUAUGUACAAAUAAUUAUAGGUUAUUAUAUAGGUAGGACGGAGUCUCAAGUUUGUUUGUUUUGUUCUGUUUUGUUUUUUUUAACGUUAAGUCGGAGCCAAAAAAUCGUUUUAAUUAUAUACAAUAUAAUAUUAUAAUGUUUAAUAUAUUAUUAACAAUUAUAUAGGUUACGUAUUGUAGGUCGAAUAGCGUGAAAUAUAAUAUUAUUGAUCGUCGUAAACAUGCACCCCGUUGUCGAUGACAAAAUUACAUCGUCAUUCGUCGUUAUCUCUGUAGUAUCGAUCGAUCGAUACAUCAAACAAUAAAAUAUAUAUAAUAUGUAAAUGUGUGUUAUCGAUUUAUGCGCUCAAUCCGUUCGUUGGAUUUCCAAGACCAAAUAUAAUUACAUAAAAUAGGGCAUCCCAGUACCGUCGGUUCGGGUAAGUCUCCCGUGCGAAACGACACACGUCGUCGUACCCGUCGAGAAUUAUCAGUAUCUCUAUGUGUUUUUAUUAUUAUUAUUGUUUUUACUGUUUCUUUUUUUUUUUAUUAUCAUUAUUAUCAUUAUUAUAAGGUUGUAGCGUUAAAUCUAGUCAAAUUUUAGAAAAUAAUUCGAUCUGUUCGUUUUUCGAAUAAUAUACGCAUUAUAAUAUACGAUUUGUAAGUAACGUAAAUAAGGUUGUUUUAUAAAAAUAUUUAAAAAAAUCUAGUUUUUAUCCCACGUUUAAUAAAUGGCAUGUCAAUUAAUCAAAAUAAAUAAUAUUUUCGCAGUGCACCUAAUAUACCAUACGGAAAUAGUUCGAUUUCACAUGAAAAAAAUUACUAUAAUAUAUUAUAUUAUAGUAAUAAUAAUAUAUAAUA